AUGUCCCACUCAGAAAGAACUUUUAUUGCUGUUAAGCCAGACGGUGUCCAAAGAGGAUUAACUUCCAAGAUAUUGGCCCGCUUCGAAGAUAGAGGAUACAAGUUAGUAGGUAUCAAGUUGAUUCAAGCUGAUGAACAGUUGUUAUCUCAACAUUAUGCUGAACAUGUCGGUAAGCCAUUUUUUCCAAAGAUGGUCUCCUUCAUGAUGUCCGGUCCAAUCUUGGCUACCGUCUGGGAAGGUAAGGAUGUUGUCAAGCAAGGUAGAGUCAUCUUGGGUGCCACCAAUCCAUUGAGUAAUGCUCCUGGUACCAUUAGAGGUGAUUUUGGUAUUGAUUUGGGUAGAAACGUCUGUCAUGGCAGUGAUUCCGUCGAAAGUGCUAACCGUGAAAUUAGUUUGUGGUUCAAGAAGGAGGAACUGGUUCAAUGGGAAUCCAACCAAGCCAAAUGGAUCUACGAAUAA